AUGAGCGUCACAGUUGAAACACCGUUGCAAGCAGGACCGUUGCUGAAGGAAAAGAAACAAGAGCUAAUCGACAUCAAGAACAUCCAAGAACAUGCCAGAACAGUUCAGCCAUUCAAGGCUUCAAAGCACCAACCUCUCAUCUCGGGUUCCGUGUCGAAAGAAGCCGCCAUCGCAACACAUGCCGCGCUACAUAUUGAUCUGACACCGGAAAAAGAGAAAAAAAUCCGAGAAAUGUACGACCGGUUGGAUGCAGAUAACGAUGGAAGCAUCGACAUUCGAGAUCUCACUCAAGCCCUCUCAUCACAAACUCCGCACAUUCCAGCUACAAUGGCUCCCAAACUACUUGCCAAAAUGAAGCGGGAAGACAGUGACCGUGUCACAUAUGCCGACUUCACCAAUUAUGUGAUUGCCCAUGAGGCGCGGUUAGCGGAAGUAUUUGACCAGAUUGAUUCGAAUAGAGAUGGAGAAGUAGACGUCUCAGAAAUCAAGAGCUACUGUAAAGAAAUGGGAGUCAAUUUGGAUGAUCACAAAGCGCUGAGUAUUGUAAAAAAAAUGGAUCAAUCCGGUUCAUCAUCGGUCAACCUGAACGAAUUUCAAGAUUUUAUGCUCCUCUACCCGUCAACAGAUAUGCGAGAAAUGGUGGAUUUCUGGCGGCACAAUUUGAUAAUUGAUAUCGGAGAAGACGGACAAGUGCCUGAAGACUUCACACCACAAGAAUUGCAGUCCGGUGUUUGGUGGCGACACUUAGUGGCUGGAGGAGUGGCCGGAGCCAUGUCGAGAACGUGUACAGCACCGUUCGAUCGUAUCAAAGUGUACCUGCAGGUAAACUCCACGAAAACCAACAAACUUGGAGUGGUCAGCUGUGUUCACCUUCUACAUGCCGAAGGAGGACUCAAGUCGUUCUGGAGAGGAAAUGGUAUCAACGUCAUCAAGAUUGCACCAGAGUCAGCUAUGAAAUUCAUGAGCUACGAUCAAAUCAAGAGGUGGAUUCAAGAAUAUAAAGGUGGAGCGGAGUUGACGACAUAUGAACGGUUAUUUGCGGGUUCAUCAGCGGGUGCGAUUUCACAAACAGCUAUCUAUCCAAUGGAAGUCAUGAAAACGAGGUUAGCGUUGCGAAGAACGGGUCAACUGGAUAGAGGAAUGAUACAUUUUGCUCAUAAGAUGUACGACAAAGAAGGAAUCCGAUGUUUCUAUAAGGGAUAUCUACCCAAUCUCCUCGGAAUCAUCCCUUAUGCUGGAAUCGAUCUCACCGUCUACGAAACUUUAAAAUCAUGCUACACACAAUACUAUACGGAGCAUACGGAGCCAGGUGUAUUGGCUCUACUUGCGUGUGGAACCUGUAGUUCAACAUGCGGUCAACUAGCUAGUUACCCAUUGGCUUUGGUGAGAACACGAUUGCAGGCGAGAGCUAUCUCACCGAAGAACUCUUCUCAGCCGGACACCAUGAUCGGUCAGUUCAAACACAUCCUUCAGAAUGAAGGCUUCACAGGGCUGUAUCGAGGAAUCACUCCCAAUUUUAUGAAGGUAAUACCAGCAGUCAGUAUUUCAUAUGUUGUGUAUGAGAAAGUGAGGAAGCAACUUGGAGCCACAAUGUCAUAG